AUGAAGACUUUUGUUCCGAAAAUCGCUAUUGUGCUAUUUAGCCUUGUAGUUCCAGCACUGGCAGAUGGCUGGACAUGUGCCGGCAGAAACGUCAAAGGUGAUGAUGUGAGGGCGCAAGCUAGGCAUUGGGUUGGUUUGUCUGAUACAAGAUUUUCCGAAUUUGAGAUCAAAGGUGGCGUACAAUUAUGCUAUAUUGAAAUUGGCGAAGGAGCUCAAACUACGAAAGAAUUUACAGGAUUCCGCGCUUACUUGGAUGAGCCCGGAGCUGUAUACAAUGUUAGGUAUUAUGAUUACAAUGACCGUCAAUGGAAACUGUGCACCCAUUAUGAUAGAGAUGCUGGAGCCAAUUACCGUUAG